AGAGAUGCGGUUAUUCCCUUGAAUAUCCUAGGUCCUUUAAUAGGCUGCGAGUGGUUGCAGUGAAAGCCUCCACUCUCCUGUUCGGUUCAAUUGUCAAGGCCGGAGCCCGAGAAGACCACACAGACGUACAUGACACAUUGCGUUGUAGCCAAUCUUCUUCUGCAGUUCACGGAUAGCAUUUAGUUUAACGGCCUGGUUGUUGUGAGACUACCAUCGCCAUAAAUCGUCACAGGUCUUGGACGUCAUUGGUCAAUUCUUGACACAGGAAAUUCCUUCUCAGGAGACCAAUAAGUUCUUGCAAAUCUAGAGAGUGGAGCGUCAGCCUCAAGUGGUUAAAGGAUCCUGCCUUCCUAGACAAAUUAGGGUUUGAGUGUUUCUUGAGUUUUACGAAACGCCUGCUAACUGUGCAGAAGCAACAUGAUUAUGAGUACAGAAGUCCAUUCCCGGGAUCUGGUCCUGUCGGGAUCUGUGCAGCAGUGUUCUGACUCCAAUAGGGAUGCAGCAUGGCCUCCUCCAUCUACCUCCCCAAACGCAAAAUCAAGCCGCUCCUGGGGUUGUUGCUGUACCACUAUCGUCACCCUCUGCUCCGUUCUUCUCUUACUAAUAUUUUUGAUAUCUGUUGCAGCGCUGAUCUUUUGGCUGAUAGUGCGCCCCAUCCACGCUCCUAGCUACUCCCUCAAAGAUUUCAAUCUGAAUUCCUUCAGCAUCACACCGCAAUACUCGUUCGGUGUGACCCCGAGGGUUCUACUCAAUGCUAAUUUCAAGUACACGCUCAUAGCCAACAAUCGGAACAAGAAGAUAGGCUUCAAGUACGGCGAUAUCAGCAUCGAAACCUCCUACGCUGGAGACGUCUUUGGCCGUAGCGGAAUCCCCGGCUUUUACCAGGGUCACCGAAACAUAACCACGUUGACAGAAGAUCUUCAAGUGAAGAACUAUGCACUUAGCCUUAGUUUAGCAAGCGCGCUUCAGGCAGAUGUGCGAAGCGGGAGCAUCCCUCUGCAGAGCUUUGCCACUACGAAGAGGUCGACCAGACUGAGGAGGCAUUCAAUGCCGGUGUUCAUUAUUCUGCAGAUGUCUUGAUUCAUUUGCAGUAUUCUCAACGAACACCUGACGUGUUCCAUUCAGAAGUCAUCACUGCUUUCGACACUGCAACUGAUCACCCAUUUCCUUUGUGCUCCUAAUGAGGGUUGCCAUAAAAAACGCAGCAUUACCUUCAUGGUGAAGGCAAGGUCAAGUUCGAACCAAUUUCCUCUAUUUUCUAUAAUAAUCCUGCAACUAAGAGCCAGACCGAGUCAAUGGCUCACAAGACUUUACGGAAGGAUUCGACCCUGCCUGGUGCGUGUGCGAAUGAAAUGCAAAAGCAGGAAUCUCAUCCCGGGACGGAGAAUAUACAUCCAAAUGCUGUUCAAGAUGGGUAUGGAGCAGCACUGCAGAUCCUGGAGCGCACCGCUCCCGAAACUGCGCACUGUACUUCUUCGAAACCAGGGUUCCAAUCUCCGCCUUUCUUCUCUUCGCACGCAUGGCAAAGUUGUUGACGCGUUGUUCGGGUACCACUUUCUGACACUAAGAAUGGUGAUAUUUGACGGACGAAAAUAGAUGUAAGAAAAUGGGUUCCAGUACCUUAAUAUAUGUUAUUCUCCAAUGCCCGCACCAAACUCUCAUAGUUAACUUCUGUUGAGAAUUGUAGUAUGAGUCAAAUGACCGCAUCUGUUCAUUUCUGCCCAAUGCGAAGUAGAAAACAUUGACUAUCAGUCCUCAAAUGCACUCUCCGUGAUUCACAAUUC